UUGUUGCUACUGUAGGUCAUUUAUUGGUCUACAAGGUGCCCAGUGAUACUUUCUUUGAUCCCAACGACAAUGAACUUACCUUGAGUUUGAAAACAAAGGAACACAAAGAACUUAGUCCACGUCAUUGGUUGCAAUUUGACUCUAAGAAUGAUGAAUUCUAUGGCAUACCCAAGAGCGGUGAUGCCGGUUCCGAAGAAUACAUGUUGGUAGCUGAAGAUGCUGGUGGUCUCACAGCCACCGAUGCUUUAGUGGUGCAAGUUAAUCAUGCUCCCAAGAGAGACUUUAGUUUAUAUAUUAAAGUAUAUUUAGCCAUUAAACACGAACAUUUCAAUGCCGAUUUACAGCGUAAAUUUGUGGAACGUAUGGCUAAUUUGUUUGGUGAUGCCUCCACGCAAAAUAUACAAAUACGUUCGGUGACUACACUCCACGAUUCAGAUGGUACUGUUGUUAGUUUCUAUAAUACUACUCUAUACAAAUCGCACAAUCGUUGUCCGGAAGAUGAAAUGGAAGCAUUCCGUAGUGUUUUGUUCCAUGAUUAUUCGGUGCGUGAACGUGUUAAAAAGGCUAUGGGUCCUGAAUUGAAUAUAACAAAUAUUCAAAUUAUUCCUUUGGGCAGCUGUAAUGGCCAAACAGAUGUUACUCAUCGUGAAUUUGUUCCCAGCAAAACAGAUGAACCUUUAUUGAAAUCUACUUUCUCCGAUGAUUAUAUGUUUACAAUCAUUCUGCCUGCCAUUAUAAUUGUUUCGAUGAUUUUAAUUGCUUCAUUAAUCGCGUGUUGUUUACAUCGCCGAAGACGAAAGAGCGGUAAAAUGGAAUUGGGUAAGUAAAAAACUGAAAAUAGAACUCUUACAAU